UAUAUAUUUAUAGGGUACAAUGUAAUGUUUUGAUAUACGUAUACAUUGUAGAAAGAUUAAAUCAAGCUAAUUGAUAUAUCCAUCACCUCACCUACUUAUUUUUUGUGGUGAAAAUCUACUCUGCUGGAAAUAUACAAUACAUCAUCAACCAUGGUCACCAUGCUGUUCAGUAGAUCACUAAAACUUAUUCCUCUUACCUAACUAAAACUUUGUAUCCUUUGACCAACAUCCCUCCCUUCCCCAUCUGCCCUCCGCCAGGCCCCUGGUAACCAUCAUUCUACUCUGCUAUGAGUUCAACUUUUUUAAAUCCCAAGUAUAUAAGUGAGAUCAUAUGAUAUUUGUCCUUCUGUGCUUGGCUUAUUUUACUUGGCCUAAUGUCCUCCAGGUUCAUCCAUGUUGUUGCAAAUGACAGAAUUGCCUUCUGUUUUAAGAGUGUAUAGUAUUCCAUUGUAUAUAUGUGCCACAUUUUCUUUAUUUGGUCCUCAGUUGAUGGAUACUUAGUUGCUUCUAUAUCUUGGUUAUUGCGAAUAAUACUGAAAAGAACACAGCAAUGCAGCUAUCUCUUCAACAUACUGAUUUCAAUUCCUUUGUAUAUAUACCCAGAAGUAGGAUUUCUGGGUCAUAUGGUAAUUCUAUUUUUAGAUUUUUGAGGAGCCUCUAUAGUGGUUUCCAAAAUGGCUGUACUAAUUUACAUUCCACCAACGGUGUACCAGGGUUUCCUUUUCUGCACAUUCUGGACAACACUUGUUGUCUUUCACCUUUUUUAUAACAGCCAUUCUAAGAAGCGUGAGGUGGUAGCUCAGUCUGAUUUAAUUUGCAUUUCCCGGGUGAUUAGCGAUGUUGAGCAUUUUUCAUAUAUUUGUUGACCAUAUGUCUUCUUUUGAGGAAUACCUGUUCAGGUCCUUUGUCCAUUUUUUAACUGGAUUAUUCGUUUUGUUUUGUUUCGCUAUUGAGUUUUUUGAGUUUCUUAUAUAUUUUAGAUAUGAGCCUCUUAUCAGAUGCAUGGUUUGCAAAUAUUUUCUCCCAGUUUGUGGGUUGUCUCUUUAUUAAUUAUUUUCUUUGCUGUGCAGAGGCUUUUUAGUUUGAUGCAAUCCCAUGUGUCUAUUUUUGCUUUGAUUGCUUUUGGGGUCCUAUCCAAGAAAUCAUUGCCCAGACUAAUACGGAGUUUUCACCUAUGUUGUCUUCUGUUAGUUUUACAGUUUCAGGUCUUAUGUUUGAGACUUUAAUCUAUUUUGAGUUGAUUUUUGUAUAUGGUGUGAGAUAAGGACUCAGUUUUGUUAUCCAGCAUGUGGAUAUUCAGUUUUCCUGAUGCCAUUUAUUAAAGAGACUUUCCUUUCCCCAUUGUGUGUUCUUAGCACCUUUGUCAAAAAUCAAUUGACUGUAAAUACUUGGGCUUAUUUCUGGGCUUUCUAUCCUGUUCCAUUGAUUGACGUGCCCAUUCUUAUGCCAGUGCCAUGCAGUUUUGAUUACAGUAGCCCUAUAAUAUAUUUUGAGAUUAGGGAGUGUGAUGCCUUUGGCUUUGUUCCUUUUGCUCAAGACUGCUUUGGCUAUUUAGGGUCUUUUGCAAUUCCAUAUGAACUUUAGGAUUGUUUUUUCUAUUUCUGUGAAAAGUGAUAUUGGAAUUUUGAUAGAGAUUACAUUGAAUCUGUAGAUUGCUUUGGGUAGUAUGGACAUUUUAACAACCAUUAAUUUUUCUAAUCCAUGAACAUGGAAUACCUUUACAUUUAUUUGUGUCUCUUUUCUCACAUCAAUGUUUUAUGGUUUUCAGUGUACAGGUCUUAUAUCUUUGGUUAAAUUUACCUGAAGUGGUUUUUUUUUUAAUGCUAUUAUAAAUGAAAGUGUUUUCUUAAUUUCGUUUUCAUAUAGUUUGUUGUUAGUGUAUAGAAACACCACUGAUUUUUAUAUGUGAUUUUGUAUCCUGCAACUUCCCUGAAUUUGUUUAUUAGUUCUAACAGUUUUUUUUGGUUGGGUCUUUAGGGUAUUCUGUAUACAAAAUCAUAUUAUCAUCAAACAGGGAUCAUGCUGAUAACAUAACCUUAUAUAUAGAAAUCUCAUAUAUCUUAUAUGUCUCUAUAUAUUAUAUAUAUUUUAUAUAUCCCUAUAUAUCUCUUUGUAUAUCUUAUAUACAUAGAUAUUAUAUAUCUAUAUUUUAUAUACAUAUCUAUAUUAUAUAUAGAUAGAAAACAUAUAUAGAAAAAUUCUUCCCUUCCUGUUUGGAUGACUUACUUCCUUUCCUUGCAUAAUUGCUCUGGCUAGAACAUCUAGUGCUACACUGAAUAGACAUUGUGAGAGUGAGCAUCAUUGUCUUGUUCCUGAUCUUAGAGGAAAAGCAUUCAACUUUUUAACUGUUGAGUAUGAUUUAGCUGUGAGUUUGUCAUAUUUGGUCUUUCUGUGUCAUAGUACUUUCUUUCUAUACUUACUGAGAGUUUUUAUUAUGAAAGGAUGUUGAAUUUUGUCACAUGCUUUUACUGCAUCUUUUGAGGUGAUCAUACAGUUUUGUCCUCCAUUUUGUUAAUAUGGUUUAUCUCAUUUAUUGAUUUGUGUAUGUUGAGCCAUCUUUGCAUUCCAGGGAUAAAUUUCAAUCAUGAUGAAUGAUCCUUUUAACGUGUCAGUGAAUUCAGUUUGUUAGUAUUUUGUUGAGGAUUUUUGCAUCUAUGUUCAUCAGGGAUAUUCGUCUGUAGUUUUUCUUCUUGUAAUGUCCUUCUCUGGCUUUGGUAUCAGGGUAAUACUGGCCUCCUAAAAUGAGUUUAGAAGUAUUUCCUCCUCUUUAGUUUUUUAGAAGAGUUUGAAAAUAAUUGGUAUUGGGAGGCCGAGGCGGGCAGAUCACGAGGUCAGGAGAUCGAGACCAUCCUGGCUAACAUGGUGAAACCCCGUCUCUACUAAAAAUACAAAAAAUUAGCUGGGCGUGGUGUCGGGUGCCUGUAGUCCCAGCUACUCCGGAGGCUGAGGCAGGAGAAUAGCAUGAACCCGGGAGGCAGAGCUUGCAGUGAGUGGAGACAGAGCCACUGCACUCCAGCCUCAGCCUGGGGAACAGAGCGAGACUCCAUCUCAAAAAAAAAAAAAAAAAAAAAAAGAAAAUAAUUGGUAUUAGUUCUGCUUUAAAUAUUUGGUAGAAUUCAGGUCAUCGGUGAAACCAUCAGGUCCUGAGUUUUCUGUAAAUUUUUUUCCCUCAAAUUUCUGAUACAAUCUCUCACUUCUAUCUUUCAGAAUUGAUAGGGUGCCCCCCUUUUUCACAGAGAACAUACAGGCUUUUAAAAAAAAUCUGUUAGUAAGUGGAAAUGUUUUCUAAUGUAUAAAAACCUACAGAAGAAGAAAAUAAUUUUCUGGAUCAAAUUAGAAGUCUGUAUUAUAUUGAUGUCUCCAGAUUCAAAUAUAUUAGAAAGCAGCAGUGGAGACAACCAUAUUCAUCUUUGGGAGAAAUAACUAAAGCCUACGUACCUCAAGCAUUAGAACUACAAACAAACCCUGAUGCGACCUCUCCAGAUUGUCCCAAGUCGAUUGAUUUCCCAGCUAUAUUGUGGCCUGAAGCCUCCAGCCUCCACACGAAACCAGAUUUGCCUGAAAAUGGCUCGGCCAAGUUCAAGUAUGGCAGAUUUUCGGAAGUUUUUUGCAAAAGCAAAGCACAUAGUCAUCAUCUCAGGUGCUGGUGUUAGUGCGGAAAGUGGCGUUCCGACUUUCAGAGGAGCUGGAGGUUAUUGGAGAAAAUGGCAAGCCCAGGACCUGGCAACUCCCCUGGCCUUUGCCCAAAACCCGUCCCGGGUGUGGGAGUUCUACCACUACCGGCGGGAGGUCAUGGGGAGCAAGGAGCCCAACGCCGGGCACCGCGCCAUAGCCGAGUGUGAGACCAGGCUGGGCAAGCAGGGCCGGCGAGUCGUGGUCAUCACCCAGAACAUCGAUGAGCUGCACCGCAAGGCUGGCACCAAGAACCUUCUGGAGAUCCAUGGUAGCUUAUUUAAAACUCGAUGUACCUCUUGUGGAGUUGUGGCUGAGAAUUACAAGAGUCCAAUUUGUCCAGCUUUAUCAGGAAAAGGUGCUCCAGAACCUGGAACUCAAGAUGCCAGCAUCCCAAUUGAGAAACUUCCCCGGUGUGAAGAGGCAGGCUGCGGGGGCUUGCUGCGACCUCACGUCGUGUGGUUUGGAGAAAACCUGGAUCCUGCCAUUCUGGAGGAGGUUGAUAGAGAGCUCGCCCACUGUGAUUUAUGUCUAGUGGUGGGCACUUCCUCUGUGGUGUACCCAGCAGCCAUGUUUGCCCCCCAGGUGGCUGCCAGGGGCAUGCCAGUGGCUGAAUUUAACACGGAGACCACCCCAGCUACGAACAGAUUCAGUCAGUUGAUCUCCAUCUCAUCUCUAAUUAUUAUAAAGAAUUAAAACAAAUCAUCAUUGUAGGAAAGCAAGAAAAUGCAGAUAAAGAAAAAGAAGAAAAUAAAACUGGAGUAUUUCCACAACCCAAGUUUAGAGUUGGCCCCCACCUCCCGUGCCACGGACUGAGCAGCAGGGGCCCAGCAUCCCUUGCAUAUGGUGGCCGUGUCUUCAUGUGAAAGAAACUGAACUUGGUGGUUUUUCCUGCCAGUUCAGGAGAGAUUCUUGCCAUGUAAUAUAUAUCAUUGCACAAGUCAAGCCUCCUAAAACCACAGGCCUGUUUCGGCUGCUACUUCAGCCAAAAUUCUUCAGCUUCAUAUUGUCUUGAAAACCUAUGAUUGUCUCUAACAAACAGGCUACUUGCUAGUUAGAAAUUCUUAUCAAUUUGACAAGCUACUUAUCAACCAGACUGAUCACAAGAACUGUCAUCUCAUCAAUGAAAGAGUAACUGAUCAAUGAAGCCAGCAAUGCUUUUUUCUUGGCAUCAUCAAAGCUGACAUUUAGAAGAGAUGCUGGUGAUAGUCAUCUCAUCCUACUCAAUUUUUCAAAGGCAGAAACCAACCCUGGAGCAAUUGAGAGGACUGUUUAAACACGGAGCUUAACAAUGGCAGAAUUGUAUAUCUCAUGCUUAACAGAUUUUGGUUGAACUUUACCCUAGGUCAGGGGUCAGCAAACUACUGCCUGUGGGCCAAAUUUGCCCACCACCUGUAUCUGUAAAUAAGGUUUCAUUGGAACACAGCUGUGGCCAUAUGUUUGUAUAUUGUGUGUGGCUGCUUUUGCACUAGGAUGACAGAGGUGAAUAGUUACAACAGAGACUGGCUGGUCUGCAAAGCCUGAAAUAUGUCCUGUGUGGCCCUUUACAGAAAAAGUUUUCUAACCCCUGCUCUAGGUUAAGGAGAAAAAAAAAAUGGAAUAAUGUUCUCUGCUACUUUUAACCUGAUUUUCUUUGUUACCUAAAUAGGCAGCUAGAAUGCUGCCUAUAUUUUAAUAAGGAUUUGGAUCUCACAAGACACCUUAGGCCUUACACAAGUUGUUCAGAUUCUUUGCCCCAGUUCUAAUCUAGAGACAAAGGCAUAGAAUUCUCCUCCCACAGGAAUGUAUUUAUAUUUUCAAGGUGUUAAUUAGUUCCAGUUUUGGUUUUGUCGUUUUCCCCAUGUCCGAUGCUUAUAUUGGAUGAUUUCUGAUAAACCCUGACUAUUCCAGUAAACCCUAGGUAUUUUUUAAUUUAAA